GCGUCUUGUGCAAUACCCCGUGCACAACUCAAGUAAAGGUGAUUUCUAUAGCAGAACUGACUAAGCAUCUAAUUUAACAUUUAUAAAAAACGCUUUUGGACCGCUCGGUUAUUUUAGCAGUUUGAAGUCAGUGUUCCUAAAAUGCUGGUGUUUAGUGUUCUAUCACUUUUUGCUGCGCUCGUCAUGCCCAGUUUGGCGGAUUUCACUCACCAUGCGGUACUUAAGGAUGACGUCUACUUUUUAUCCUGGAAAUUCGACAAUGAAACUAUCACGUUUGAGACCCAGGUUCGAACCACAGGCUAUAUAGGACUUGGAUUCUCUCCCAAUGGGGGUAUGACAGGGGCGGAUAUCGUCAUCGGAUGGGUGAAAGAUGGGACGGCGUACUUGAAGGAUCGCUACGCGACGGCGAAGCAAAUGCCCUCUAUCGACGCGAGCCAAGAUGUGGAGCUGAUCUCUGGCAGCGAGAACAGCACCUUUACGACAUUACGCUUUAAGCGUAGACUGGACACAUGUGAUAGUAAAGAUAACAAGAUAACACAAAGUACAAUGCGCAUUAUAUGGGCUUACCACGAUUCAGACCCAUUGACUGAGACAGACCUUCUGUACCAUGGAAACGUGAACCGUGGAGCAAAGAGCAUGUUCCUUUUGGAGUCCGCUGAUAAUCCAGUUAACACUGUCACUAUACCAAACGAUGCAUAUACCUUGGAAUUUCUAAAUAAUAAGGUUCAAGUACCUUCAACUUCUGACACAACAUACUGGUGUUCAGGCUUCACGCUGCCCAGUUUCAGUGGCGUUCAUCACAUGAUUAAGGCAGAGCCGAUAGUUCAAGUUGGGAACGAAGCUAUCGUGCAUCACUUUAUAGUGUAUGCCUGCAACCACCAGUUCAACUUCACUGACCACGCCAAUUAUAGCGAGUCAUGCGGUGCGAGGAGAAAUAUGCCUCCAGAUCUUGAAUUAUGCCAACAAAUGCUGAUGGCGUGGGCAAUUGGAGGAGAAGCUCAGGUGUAUCCAGAAAAUGUUGGCUAUCCUUUUGGAGGUGAAGGUGACCCCACUUUUAUUUUGUUAGAAACCCACUAUGACAACCCAGCUCUGAGAAAUGAUUACGUGGACUCAUCUGGUGUGCGUUUUACCUUUAUACCACGUCGUCGACAGUAUGAUGCAGGGAUAAUGGACGUUGGCGUUAUGGUCUCUAGAAACCACGUCAUUCCACCAUACUAUGACGAAUUCUACAGCUGGGGACAGUGCUCCGACUGUUUGGAAAGUGGUUUAGUAAACGUGCCAGAGGGAAUCAAUGCAUUUGGUGCAGUGCUGCACACUCAUUUGGCGGGAACUUCAAUUUACCUGAGGCACUUCCGGGACGGAGUAGAACUUCCGUAUAUGGCAUACGACGAAAAUUACGACUUCAACUAUCAGGAGUACAGGUAUUUCAAAGAACCGAAGAAAAUAAUGCCGAAUGAUGAUUUGGUCACCCAUUGCAAAUACAAAAGCAGUGAUCGAACAAGUGUCACGUGGGGAGGACUCGGUACUAAAGAAGAAAUGUGCCUGGCGUUUAUUAUGUAUUACCCACGAGUAAACCUGACAAACUGCAUCAGCGCACCGCUGCAGUCGGAGCUGAUAAAAAUAGUCCCAGGGGUGACGUCAGCGUCCAAUGACUACGGCUACAGUGUAAUUAUCCAAGCACCAUCGCAAUACGCAGGGCGCAGAUUUCCAGAUGUCAUGGAAAACUUGGUCAACUGGCAAGACGUGCAGACUCGUGAUAGAUUCCAAGAUCUUGAGCUGAAUUCCACUCGGGCGCAAUAUUGUGCUGGAAUAAAUGGAUAUGGACACGGAGGUCUAAUCCAACGUCUCCAGAUCACAACACCGUACGUGUUACCCCAGGUAUCCUGCCCCGCCACCACGACCCCUGCUGCAACCACGCCAGGAGUAACCAUUGGAUCCAUAUCGUCUGCUGAUAGAACGAUGUCCGUUACCAUGGCAACCGUACUGUGCAGCUUGUUUUCACUCCUGCUGAAGAUGUGAUGGAAUGGGAUGCAGAAGACAUUCAAACAACGAGAAAAUGAUUCUUUCAAGAUCAGAAUUUUCUUGUAGUUGUAGACAGAACUGUUUUUGAGCAAGCACGUGAAUUUAUGGGUCGACCUAUUUCGGCUUUUUUCCCUAAAUUAUAUAUUUUGGUCAAAUAUAAAACAUACUGAAAACCUUUAAUCACCACGCCCGGAUGUAUAUACACUGUUAGAACUGCUACAGUACGUUCAGCUUUAUUUUCCAAAUGUGAAUUUGGUUGACAUUCUUUUGCAUAAAGAAAAUGAAUCGUUAAUCCAAACGUGACAACAUUAAAUCCAACGGAGGAAGAGUGCUUCGUCCCCACUUUUAUAAUGUCCCUAAGCAUUAAAAGGAUGGGAGAUACCAUACUUGCAUUUUAUAUUCCAUGCAUUAUGAAUAGUGCAUUAUAGGAACAAUACAUGUAAUCGGAUUUUUAUUAGGUAGGACAUGUCUUCUUCAUAUAUAUUUUCAUUAUAUUCUAUAUGUUAAAUUUGUAUACUGUGUCACAUAAACUGAGUACACAGGUACAUCCGAAAACACCGGCGCUUUAACACAAAACAAAUUAUUGACACAGGCGCACAUACUGAAUAUUACAAGUAUAUUUAUUCACACUCAAAGAAGGGAUGGACGGCAUAAACUGUAUCCUCAGUACGCGCACCUAAAGGUACAUGGGGAGGCGAUAUAGAGUCUGCGAUUUCCGUGUCAUUUGCACAAAAACGACGAGGUGCAAAAGUAGCAGCACUUGUUUGUUUGGACAGUGCUUUUCCAAUUUUUCCAGUAGAAGUUCUUUGUCUGCAUAAUGUUUCUAAAAACUCAUAGAAUGUACAAUGUCUAAAUUCCCUAUUCAUGCACCACGGUAUCUUAUUCUAGUACAUAUCUAGUAUUCGGAAACGUCAUAUAGAAAGGAGUACUUUAUUUAUUUAUUUAUUUUGGGGGUAUAUUAGCUUGUAUUUUAUUCACGACUGAGAAAGGUAAAUUAUCCAUGCGUAUAUAUUUAUGUAUAAGCUUUAACAAAAAACCUACACAUUCAUAGACCAGCUAACACACAAAUACAAGCCUAGACUCACAUUCCGACAAACGCCAUCACAAACAAACAGUACUGUUAUGAAUUAGAGUUGGUAUUAUUUGGAUUGUGUUGGAGGUGACACAGUGCAUUGUGGUGUCCCUCUGGUGGGAGUUUUGAACCAUGUGAUGUCAGGCAUCCAUGUUGGUGGAGACGUGUGUGUUGCAGAAAAUAAAGAAACA